AUUUGAAGAACUUCCUCUCGGGCUUUGGCUUGUCUUGGCCUGGCAGACGCCCCCGCCCGCGAUUCGCAUCGAAUCGGAUCGGACCAACCCAGGCAGGCGGCGGCGGCGGCGGCGGCGCCGGCGCCCACAUCCACCUCCACCCCCGGCACCCGCCCCCCACCCCAAGAUGGGGGAAGUUGUGAAGGACUUGACAGCCGGGACUGUAGGAGGGGCUGCCAACCUGAUUGUUGGGCACCCCUUCGACACCAUCAAGGUGAAGCUCCAGAGCCAGCCCACCCCUGCUCCUGGCCAGCUCCCCAAGUAUGCAGGCGCCAUCGAUGCUGUUAAGCAGACGAUUGCAGCUGAAGGGCCCAGGGGCUUGUACAAGGGAAUGGGGGCACCUCUAGCCACCGUUGCUGCCUUCAAUGCUCUCUUGUUCAGUGUGAGGGGGCAGAUGGAGGCUCUCCUCAGGGAAGAACCCGGUGUGGCCCUGACGGUGAAGCAGCAGGUUAUCGCAGGAGCUGGUGCUGGACUUGCAGUCUCCUUCUUGGCGUGUCCAACAGAACUGAUCAAGUGCAGGUUGCAAGCCCAGAGUUCCUUAGCCGAGGCAGCAGCCGCUUCCGGCGUGGCUCUACCCAAAGGCCCGAUCGAUGUGGCGAAGCACGUGGUGCGGGAUGCCGGUGCGAAGGGUCUCUUCAAAGGCCUUGUCCCGACGAUGGGUCGCGAGGUCCCCGGCAACGCUUUGAUGUUUGGCGUGUACGAAGCCACCAAGCAGUACCUCGCGGGUGGCCGGGAUACUUCUAACCUCGGCAGGGGCUCCCAGAUCCUGGCUGGUGGCCUCGCUGGCGCCGCCUUCUGGUUGUCCGUGUACCCAACUGACGUGGUGAAGAGCGUGGUCCAGGUGGACGACUACAAGAACCCUAGGUACUCCGGGUCCCUCGACGCGCUGAGGAAGAUCGUGGCGGCUGAUGGCGUGAAGGGCCUGUACAAGGGGUUCGGACCGGCCAUGGCACGCAGCGUCCCCGCCAAUGCUGCUACGUUCGUGGCGUACGAGAUAACGAGAUCUGCUCUCGGUUGAUGGGCUGCUACUCCAGUGCCACUGCCAUUUCUUCUGCUGGCACGGCUGGAACUGCUACAUCUUCCAUAGCAACACAGGAUGGAGCAAAGGCACGCCUUGCAUGUGCAACCCAGAAAUUGUACAAUUGCAAGCAUUUUUUUAGGGUGGAAAAGGGGGGAACUUUUGGCUGCAAUGGUGACUGUUGGGAUUGUUUAAUAAGCAAGCUUCAUAAGAUGUUGAUGGGUGUAGUGAGUGAGUGUGAUGGUGGUUGCGCGAUGGUGGUGGACUGGUGGCCUUUGCUUUGUUGGGUUGUGGCGUCUGGUGGCGAGUGGCCCCCUCGUCAGCAGGUUGUCGUCUCCCUUUCUUGGCCUUGGCUUAUUGGCCUGGAUA